AUGAAGCAGUCGAAGCCUCGGCCUCGUGUGGUGACGAAGCAAGUGGUGGUUGUUAGGAGAUCCAGUCGUGUCGCAAACAAAUCUUCUCUUGUUUAUGCUGAAGUGAUUGUGGACCGAGUGAUGAUGCCAAGAACAGAGUUCUCGAAAGACUUCUGCAAGAAGAACCUUCCAAAGGGUGACGAUGUGGUGACUCUAAGAGAUGAGGAAGGAGAUGAGUACUCGACGAUAUAUAUCUUCCAGGGAAGACGAGACUGA